AUGGAUAGUUCCCGAUCAUCUUUACCAAAUGUUGAUCGAGCUAAUUCGACAUUAUUUAAGCGUUACCUCGAAGAACAACGUCAAUCAGUAAUUAAAUCUAAUAAUUAUCCACAAUUAUCACGUCCGAUUAAUUCAACAAUACAAAUUACACAUACACAUCGGCAACAACAACAUCAAGAUACUUAUACAUCAAAAUUAAAUCAUAAUAACAAUAAUAAUAAUAAUAAUAAUAAUAAUGAAACAGUUAUAAUAAAACGAAAAUAUUCUAAUGGACGAAAACCAUCAAAUGAUCCAUCUAAACAACGUACAUCACAUACAAGUCGAUUUAUGAAACGUUUUCAACGUCAAUAUAAAAAUCGUGAUACAAUAACGAAUGUACAAAAACGUGAUGGAAGACCUCGUUUUGAAUUUCAUGCUCCAUCAACUACAAAACAAAUUCGAACUGAUCAAGAAACUCAUUGUACAUGUCUUGUUUCAUCUGAUCGAAAUGUAGACGAACAUCAACAUCAUCAUCAUCAUCAUUCUUCUCCAACAAAACCAUUACAAGUGCCACGUCUUUCAUUGAAUGAACUUUUUCAUUCAUCUUCACAACAUCGACGACAACCAACUCAAACAGUAAUAGUACCACCAGUAUCAUCUAAACCUAUUCGAUCACCAUUACCUAUGUUACCACCUAUAACUGAGAAAUCUACACGACCUGAAUCUAUUUCAAAUGUAACAUAUCAAAUCGAACAAAAUUCACUUCCCUCACCAUCAAUAGAACCAGUAUCAGCUAUGAAUAUUGAAACGGAAACAACACUUUUGCUUGAUCCUCCAACAAUAAAUUUAUCUAAUGAAUAUUGGCCAAUAAUUAACGACCUUUUACAAGAAAUAUCAAUUGAAAUGAGUGAUAAACCAAGUGUUGAUAUUGUUUUAGAAAUUGAAGAAUCACUUGCACAACGUAUUUAUGAUUGUAUUGUUGAACAAGAAGAUGAAAAUGAACAUGAUACGAAAUCUUAUUCAACAACAACAAAUGAUUCAUCUGCUUUAUCAGCAGCACAACCACCAUUAAAUAAUGUAAUUUCACAUGAAUCUAAUGAUUUACCAGCAUCGCCUAUAAAUACAACUACUAGAGAACCAAUCAAUAAUCGAGAAAAAUACUUUCAACCAAUUCGUGAACCACCAACAACAUCAUUUAAGAAUCUUGAUCGAGAUCGACAUUCAACACCUUUUAAUCGUAUCUCACAACAAAUACAAACUGAUAUUCGAUCGCCAUUUGCUCAAUCUUUAUUUGAACCAGUAAAUCUUUUACGAACAGUUGCAACUGGUAGUCAUGAUGAUAAUGAUGCUUUUAAUUUUUUUCCUUCAUCAUUUUCCUUUGAAAAUCAUCAAAAUUUAAAUGCAGAUUUUACUUUAUUUCAACAACAAGAUCAUCAAUCAAAAGGUGAAUCAUCAACAACAUCAUAUCAUCAUUCAUUACCAUUUUUAAAUCAUCUGCUUCCGCCACGAACAAUUCCAAUCAGUACAAAUACUUCAGCAUUUAAACCUAUUGAACCCGCUAAUACACGUCCAACAACUUCAUUUGCAUUAAAACGACCUCAAGUUGUUAAUAGUUCAAUAGGAACAAAUUGGUUCGGGCAAAGUUAA